CCAGCGCGGCGGGAGGCAGCGGGAGCGGGGGCGCCGAGCGAGCUGUUGCAAGCGGCGCCGCUUGCAGCAGCAGCAACAGCAGCAAAGUCCGGGCCUCCCAAACGCGCAUCCUCGUGCUCCCGCCACCAGCUCGGCGGUAGGAAGAGCUGCAGGACGGGUCGGGACAAAGCAAGAUGGCAGGGAUACUAGCCUGGUUCUGGAACGAGAGGUUCUGGCUCCCCCACAAUGUCACCUGGGCGGAUCUGAAGAACACAGAAGAAGCCACCUUCCCCCAGGCCGAGGAUCUGUACCUCGCCUUCCCCCUGUCCUUCUGCAUCUUCAUGACCCGGCUGGGCUUUGAGAGGUUUAUAGCCAAACCUUGUGCCUUAGGCCUUAAUAUCCAGGCCAAUGGACCACAGAAAGCCCAGCCCAAUGCCAUUCUGGAAAAGGUCUUUACUGCCAUUACAAAGCAUCCGGAUGAGAAAAGACUGGAAGGGCUCUCAAAGCAGCUAGACUGGGACAUUCGCAGCAUCCAGCGUUGGUUUCGACAAAGGCGGAACCAGGAGAAGCCCAGCAUCCUUACAAGAUUCUGUGAGAGCAUGUGGAGAUUUACAUUUUACCUUUAUGUAUUUACCUAUGGAGUCCGGUUCCUGAAGAAGACCCCAUGGCUUUGGGAUACCAAGCAGUGCUGGUACAAUUACCCAUAUCAGCCACUGACACCCGACCUUCAUUACUACUACAUACUGGAGUUGUCUUUCUAUUGGUCGUUAAUGUUUUCUCAGUUCACUGACAUCAAAAGAAAGGACUUUGGCAUUAUGUUCCUGCAUCAUCUCACAACCAUAGCCCUGAUUACCUUUUCAUAUGUCAACAAUAUGGCCCGAGUAGGGACCCUGGUUAUGUGUCUUCAUGAUACACCGGAUGCCCUGCUGGAGGCUGCCAAAAUGGCAAAUUAUGCCAAAUUUCAAAAAAUAUGUGACCUCCUGUUCAUCAUAUUUGCCAUUGUUUUCAUCACCAUGAGACUUGGUGUAUUUCCUCUCUGGAUAUUAAACACAACACUAUUUGAAAGUCGGGAAAUUAUUGGACCAUGUCCAUCCUGGUGGGUCUUUAAUUUAUUACUGCUACUACUUCAAGUGCUGAGCUGCUGUUGGUCAUAUAUCAUCGCUAAGAUAGCCUACAAAGCGAUUUCCAAAGGCAAGGCUGGGAAGUGGAAUCCUUUGCAUGUGUUGAAGGAUGACCGAAGCGACAUCGAGUCCAGUUCAGACGAGGAAGGCUCAGUGCUGCCUGCCAGGAAACGGCACUACGUCCCCACCAUCAAUGGGACUGGAGGAAACACCAACGGGACAAACGGGCAUCUCCCGGGAGGCCCUUGUCCAGAGGAACAUUGAGUCCUCGGUCCAGCCAAGAAACCCGGACAGAGUGAACUCUUUGCUACUGGAAGGACUUUAAGUUGUGAAUGCGGUUCCUUUCUUCUAUCUCAGCAUCAGAAACAAAAAUUAGGAGUAUCAAAGUAUUCUGAUAGUGCACUGCCAUAUUUCCUGUCUGUGAAUGAAAAAAGACUUAGCAUUCUCUAUAUGUAGGCAUGCUGUAUGUAUAUGUAACUGACACAAUGGGAACAGUAUUUUCACGUGUACUGUCAUUGAAUAUUAUUUUUUGUAUUUGGAAAUCUGGGGCUGAGGGGCAUUUCCUCACUCCUUUGGCUCUACAGAUCCCCUGUGGGCAGAGGAGACAGGCCCAGGUCUCAUCUGCCCACCCACAUGGCUUGUGCCUGGUCUGCUCUAAGUAUUGAUUAGCUAGAUUUGUCAUUUACAGAAGCGAAACCACAGCUCUCCCACUUACUGUUUAGCCCCCCCCCCCCAUUCCUUUUUCUUCUUUGGUGUGAUAGCGCUGGUCGUUAUCACCUAAAAAAAUGACCCAGAGACCAUCCUCCCAGUGUAAACUUGAAAGGGGUCGAUUAUGUUUUUGAGUAGUCUCUCUAAUGUGAUCAAUUAGCAGUUCAAAUUAAACAGUGUAGGAUAUUAUUUUGGUAUUGUUCUAAACCAAAUCGGUGGCUAAUUGCAUUAGAAUAGACUUCAUUACAUGUGCACAGGCCCAAGAGGUGUCGAUUUCAGUGCAGUGAGACUGACAAGCGCGUGGUGGUAGAUUAGUUCUGCCUGGUCUCUUUGAACUUUCUGCACGGCUUCUCUUUGGAAACAACACUUUUUUCUGCUCCAGAAAGGGAAGAGGGGGACAGAGAGAGGUUUGCUCAAGCCCAUAGUGGCAAAUGCAAAACUCUCAAUUGACAUUGAAAAUUUGUCCCUCCUACCUGGCAACGAUGUAAGAAAAAGACAUAAGCUUAAAGGGUAGACAAGAGUUCACUGCAUCAGCAAACAGGUUUCAAUCAGGCUUUCUUGCUGUUUUUCUAAUUACCGUGGUCUUGCAUCACUGUGGAAAAGAGGAGACAGUGUAUUUUCUGAGAACUGAAAAAGCUGAUUUUAAAAUCUUGGCAAAAUUUACCGAUGGGUGCAGAGAACUUGACAGGUGUCAAGAGCUCCCGUAGUGCUUGCCAUUACUAACUUUGUGUGGGUGCAGAGCAAAGGGACACGGAAGAUGGAAGAAAUAUUGAACCCUGGCCUUCUGCCAUGUUGAGCUGAGUUCCUACAGCAGGCCGCCUGACAACCGAAUCCACUUUGCUUCCUUGGAAGCUUGCUUUACUUUCCAGGAAAACCCAACUGGAAUGGCUCCUUUCAGAAACACUAAAUCCCUUUUCCACCCUGGGGCAGGAUUAGCGGCUGGUGAUUUCUGGAGAAAAGCGCUUGCCGAGCCUCUGGUCCAGCAGGUCUGUGUGGGUGCAGAAGGACAAUGUGCGCAGAAACCAAAGAAAAUCUUCUUUAAACGGAAGGAGUGAAAAAGGAAAAAUCAGUUCUUUAUCUGAUUCCUCACUCACAUCCAGAUUGGAGCUUCACAUAACUUCUCUUAUCGCAGGAAAAUCCUUCACUACGAUCUUGAUCUUAAUUUCACAUGCUCACAGGCGCUUGUUUCUGGCAUGAUCCUCGCCCAUAUUUGAAGCCAUUUGAGAAUCUGGUGACGUUUCCUUUUGUACCCUGAGCUGCAUUACGGCAGGCCAUUAGCCAGGUUUGUGUGGGAGUGCCUGUGGAGCUGUGACUGCAGAGGUCCCCUGCACACGUGUGUGUGUGUCUGUGGUAGCAGUCGUGAAGUGUCGAGAGCAACUAGACGACCUGUAAAUCAUCAAAAAAUGUACAGAAAUGAAGAAUAUUACAGCUAAAGCAAUAUCAAGCAUUUACAUGAACUUAUUUCAGGGAGAAUGGAGUUUCUCUUAAUAACUUAUAAAAUGAGUAUGUACAGAAAGUGUCCGGCAUAGGGGACUUUCAGCUGAAGUAAUAUAAAGGGGAUGGUGUGUUUUUCAUUGUCUUAAACCAAGUGACAUGUUCUCCCUUUCAGAUUUCUCAGGCUCAUCCCCCAAAGUCUGAUUGGUCCAGGGGAGCCAGGAAGAAUUGCUAGAAAAUGAGGUGUAUGGUGCUUAUCAUUGGGCACAUUUUCUCUUCACUGGAGAACAGUGGGAAAUAGAAUCGGGUGGACUCUUUAUGGCAGCUGGAACUAUCCUAGUGCAGUCUUGCUAUUGAUGGCCUGCUCUUGAUGUGAACAGUUGGAUUGCAUUUCAGACGUGAGGGCUGGUAGUUAGCUGCUCAGAGAUCCACAAAUUUAAGUUAGUGAGUCGCCUGUGGAAUCUUCUCCAGAAUGGCCCAGGACAUUCAGUUUAGGCUAGGAAAGAGUAGUAUGCCAAGUUUUCGUCGUCUCUACAUGUUAUAAUCUUCGGCAGUAUGUGUGCUUUAUAAAUGUAAAAGUAGAUAAAAUAGGAGUUUAACACUCCGUAGCGUAACUUAACCCCGAGUAGACAUUAUAACCUAUUGAUCCCGACAACAGAAGUUGUACUAGCCAAAGGUCCUGUGGGUUGGGAAAAGGGAUGGGUCUAGGAAAGCCCCAUUGGGGGAAAAAAUACUGUUAUUCCAAAAAUACGUAGAUUUUCUUGAUGUAUUAGAGAAAAAUAGAAAGUGGUUAGGAGAAUUUAUCCCUGAGUCUGAGUACUAGCCAAAAUGUGUUCUCCAUGUGUAAAGCCAGGUGUGUGUUUCCUUAAAGUUAAGUAGAAAUGUAGCAGUUUUCUGCUCUCACCUUUACCCUUUUAUUUGGACAAUGCCUCAAAGUUGAGCUUUGGUGUCCCUGUAUUUUCCAUCAAACAGAGACCCCUCUGAUUUCUAUGUCCUGCCAGCCCAGUUUACAACAGCAGAGUAUUUGUCCCUCCUUGCCGUCAUUGCAGUGAUUCAUUGGUAGGACCAUUGAAAAUGGCUACAAGAAAUGUAAUUCUCAGCUCCAAAUUGCAUUGUGUGAUUCCUGCAGUUUCCCUGUGUG